AUGCAGAGAAAUGCAAUAGAAAAACUAUUGCAAACCAGAGGAACAACCAAGGUAGAAGAAAACCAGAAUGGACUAGAAAGAGACUCUAGUAAACAGCAGAAAGCGUGCGCAAUCAAGACACUGAACAAUACAUAUGUUCAAUUAAUUCAAACACAAAUGUGUAUUACACAAAUUGCGUUCGACUUUGGAACAAGUUCCGACGUAAUCUGGAACUGUUCCUGGGACGAUAUAUCCUUAGGAAAUUCAAGUCUGGAUUCAAAUGAAUUUCAAGCCACAAAUUGCACAAAACAUGAAUCCGAUCACUGGUUUCACAUGGAAUUGGACGCAAAUAAUCAAUACCAUCCAAUUAAAUAUGAGUGGAAUGAGAACAUCGUAGACGAUGCCUACUACGGCCAACACGAUUUUCCGAAUGAGCUUUGGAUCGUUUCCCCGAGCUGGGAGAUAGCUGCUAAAACACUAGCGUUCUUGCCAGUAAUCGUAGGUGGGAUUUUAGGAAAUUUUGCCCUUCUUCAUGCGAUGUUUCGCUUUAAACCAUUACGGACGCCAACUAAUAUGAUGAUUGCCAAUAUGGCUUUUGCUGAUCUUCUAACGUUGCUGGUAUCGCCGGUCAUGCUUCUUAUGCACGACUUUUUUCAGAAUUAUAUGCUAGGAGCGUUUGGUUGCAAGUUUGAAGGAUUCAUCGAUGCAACUUUGCUUAUAUCAGGAGUUCUCAAUCUUUGUGCUGUAAGUUAUGAUCGAUUGACGGCUAUAGUUUUACCUCAAGAAACACGCCUGACUAAACGGGGUGUGAGAUAUGUUAUGGCAGCUACUUGGCUGAUUGGCUUUUUAGUGGCUACGCCGCUUGCAGUAUUUAGGAUUUAUAAAGAGCGACAAUGGAAGAACGUGUUAGAAACAUAUUGCAAAGAAGACCGCACGUUUCUUCCCAUAUAUUGGCAUGUUAUCAUUGCAGCUCUUGUUUGGCUACCAUUAGGCGUCAUGCUCAUCUGUUACGUGGCUAUUUUUCUUAAGUUAGAUCGCUAUGAAUCGAUGGUACUUCGAAGAGAGCAUCCUAUAACCGUGAGGCAUAAAACCCGCGUGGCAAAGAUGUUGUUCAUUGUGGUCAUAGUUUUUGUGAUUUGCCAUUUUCCUUUUACAGCUCUCGUAUUUUAUAGAAGCCAAAAAUUAAAAAGUGACUCUCAAAUGAAUCAGGUGGAUGCAUCGUUUCAAAUUCUUUGGUUUUCAUCGCACUACUUAGUUUUUCUAAACGCUGCUCUUAAUCCCAUUAUUUAUGGCCUAACAAAUGAAAACUUCAGAAAAGCGUUCAGACAAUCAGCAUUGUGCAAAUGCUUUUUCAGUGCACCAUCAGAAAAGCCAAAAGUUCGAUCACCGUAUCGUUUCUUCUUCGGUCGUGGUGUAUUGCAACCCCGAUUAGAUUUGAUUAAAGAUGAAAAAGCACCACAAAAUAGUUUCAAAUUUUUGGAAAAUGCUGAUAGCGACCCAAAGUCCAAGAAAAGUUAUACACAGAAUGAUGGCCUUGAUUCGAGCAAACUUACGCCUCUUCCAAUUACGGAAGGCUUCAUAUAA